AAUGAGUCAUAUUUUAAUUUGACAGGUCAGUACAACGGCUCAAUAGGAGGAGUGUCCUCAGGGCUGCAGUGCCUGAAACAGAAAAUGGGGAUUAAAAAAAGAAAAAUCAAGUAUCUGAAAACUGUGUGUUUGUAUCAGGAUUAAUAUUGGUUUUCUUACUAAAAUCUAAAACGAGACUACAUUUCCCAUGAGCACCGGCAUUACGCAAGUCUAAAACUACAUCCUUAAAAAAAGAUUUUCAAAAUAAGACGCGCGUCGCUUCUGGCGUCGGUACAAACGCCGCUCCGGGCUUUUAUCUUGAAAUCGGGGUCAUUCAUCCGUGUUUUGUCGAUCCCUGGCGGAGCCACCGACCGCCGGGACCGGGUGGAGGGUGGAGGCUGCUCCCGCAUGAUCGGCAGGUCUCCGCGCAGGUACACACCGCCGCGAUGAGGCUCCGUCUGGCCGGAGCCGUGCUGCUGUCGGCGGCCGCCUACUACGUCUACCUGCCGCUGCCGAGCGGAGUGAGCGAGCCGUGGAAGCUGAUGCUGCUGGACGCGCUGUUCAGGAGCUUCAUGCAGGCGAGCGACGUGGCCCACGCUCUGGGCGUCUGCCACCGGGUCCACCUGCUGAACCGGGUGGUGUCCUGGGUGGAGGUGAUCGAGGCCCGGUCCAGCGCCGCCGUGCACGUCGCCGACUCCACGCUGGGGGGAGUCCCCACCCGGGUGUUCGAGCCCAGCGGGGGCUCCAGGCCGAAGAGAGGCGUCAUCUACUUCCACGGCGGCGGCUGGGCCCUCGGCAGCGGGCGGAUGCGCUCCUACGACCUCCUCUGUAGGAAGAUGGCCGAAGACCUGGACGCUGUCGUCAUGUCUGUCGACUACCGUCUGGCUCCGGAGGCGGUGUUCCCGGAUCAGUACCACGACGCGUUGGCGGCGUCGCGGGCCUUCCUGUCCGCUCAGGUCCUGCAGCGCUACGGCGUCGAUCCUCAGCGGCUGUGCGUGUCUGGAGACAGCGCCGGGGGAAACCUGGCCGCCGCCGUGGCUCAGGAGCUCAGCUCAGACGACACUCUGCAGGUGAAGUUCAAGGCCCAGGCGCUGAUCUAUCCGGUGCUGCAGGCGCUGGACUUCCACACGCCGUCCUACCAGCAGAACCAGGCCGUGCCCAUCCUCUACCGGCCCGUCAUGGCCCGUUUCUGGCUGCAGUAUCUGGGCGCCGACUCCUCGCUGGAGCCGCUGCUGCUCGCCAACAACCACAGCUCUCUGGACCAGCCGGGCAUCAGCGCCGAGGCCCGGUCCCGGCUGGACUGGACCGGCCUGCUGCCGGCCGAACGCAGGAAGCACUUCCGGCCGCUUGUCAGGGAGACGGGGUCGGCCGGCGUGGUGGGCCGGGUGCCGGGGCUGACGGACGUGAGGGCGGCGCCGCUGCUGGCGGAGCGGGGGGUUCUGGGGAGGACGCCCAAAGCGUACGUGAUGACGUGUGAGUUCGACGUGCUGAGGGACGACGGGCUGAUGUACGGCCGCAGGCUGCAGGACGCCGGCGUCCCGGUGACCAGCGACCACUACGAGGACGGCUUCCACGGCUGCAUGGUGUUCGCCUACCUGCCCAUGAUGUCCGACGUCGGGUGGAGGAGCAUGAACAACUACAUCCGCUGGCUGGACCAGAACCUGUAGCCCGUCCUUUCUGUGGCACCGGAGAUGUUUGGGUCUGCAGAGCUCUUUGUUCAAUCUGCAGAGAGAGAGAGAGAAAAAAAAAAAAAGGUGUUUGAUGAUCAGAAAUGUGAUCCACGUGGGGGGCAGCUGGUUAAACAUCGAACCCAGAGGGGCGCCGGUUUAAAGCUCCAUCUGUUGGACAUAAAAUCUGAAAUCACUGGAUGCAGAUCAACAAUCAGAGACCAAAGCUUCCUGGUUGUGCCCUCAAACCACCAUCAGGUCUGACCAAAGAAAGACAGAAAACACUCACUUCCUGUUUUCUGCUCUUAUUUAUUUAUUUGCUUCAACCCUGACCAUCACAUUCGUCCUCACUGUGGGCUCGUUCUGCGCUGCAAUAUAAACUCCUGCAGCUCUUCACAAACAGAACAGCUACGACUCAAACUCAUGACUUCUGUACGUUUUGUUUAAUAUGUUGCACAACAAUUACAAAAACUCUACUAACUAGGUCACACUACUGAGCUGAAUGUAUCCCGCUCCUCUGUAUGCUGGUUUUUAUUUUCAUUUUUUGCUCAAAUAUGUUUUAUUUUGCUCCAAAUCUCAGUAAUUUCUUCCCGUACUUGCCUCCUUUCUGCUCGUUUUGCCUGCAGUUCAGCCGACAAUGAACACAGUGUUUGUCGUGACGCUGAUGGUCGUGACUUCUUGACUAAAUUCUUAGUCUUCAUCUGGUGCGACUGGUUUAUUUCUGGAAAAUGUACAAACGGGACAUACGUAGGAUGAAGUGAUGAGCUUAGAUUUGGAUCGUUCUCCUCAGGGAACCAGAAGUCGCACACGAUUAGAGACCAAAACCAGAAAAUCCAACAAGUCUCUCUUAGUUUUUUUUUUGCUCUGAAAAUGGCAGAAUUUUGGCAAUUUUUUAAAGAUAACAUUCCUUUAAAUCCUGUCGACAUGUUUGGGAUUCAGACGGCUACAAAGAAAGACGAUGAGGGUAGUUCUUAAGCAAAUACAGGAAGUUAUCGUGCAGUAAAUUAAACGUAUCGCACCAGAUGAGCAGCAGUAAGACUCCUUUCUGAUGGCAGGCAGGUGGACGUUUAAGAUCCAGCAGCUCCACACAGUCCACAGAUGAAUCACUGCCGUCAAUCAGCGGGUCGGGAUCUCCUAAAUAACACGUCGUCAUGGCAACGUUUCCAGAGCUGUGUUAAAAAUCACUCGAGAGGCUGUCAGCAGAAAGUCGGGGAACCUGCUGCUGCUGAAGAGCUUCGACACUAAAUCGAGCUGCGCUGUGAGGGAUGUUGGACGCCGACCAGGUGAAACAAAACGCCGUUAGCUUCGUUCAUCAGGACGUCCUGUUGCUGCUCCUCUGCUCACCAGUCAGACGUGUCACCGUGUUGAUCGUCCAGCAACCUGCUGCUCUGUUCGCUGCUUCUGAGCCGAGCCACGUCUGUUUGAUUGCUCAGGUCUGUUUAGUUCUGCUGCUACCACACUCGUCUGGUCUCCGUGGAAACACCGCCUGCAGUUCAGCUGAAAAAGAUUUUGGUAAAUGCAGUAUUUUAAUUUAAACACUCAAGUUAAACUUAUUGGACUAAAAAAAGCAGCAGAACAGACCAACAGGUUUCAAAGCUUAAAGUCAGAAAUGAUCAGUUUUCAGUCUCUUCAUCCACAAAUAAUCUGUAUCAACCCUGUUUCUAAACACGUUUAUCUACUUAGAGUUUCACAACCACGACAGACUUUAGGGUUUUUUCACCACUUAGACGUUUCACCGUGUUGAAUGUAUCUUCAGCAGCUUGUUGCUCUGUUCUUUAGCCGAGACACGUUUGUUUUAUCACUCAAAUAUAUUUACUUUGUCGUUGAUUUGUUCCUUCACUUGUUUUCUCUCUAUUCUGUGGGAACACUGCCUGCAGUCUGCUGAAAAUUACAGUAAUUUAAUUUGCAAAACCCUCAAGUUGAACGUCUUCGACCAACAAAAUAGACGUUUACAUGAAAAGUCGGUCGACUCCUAUUAAAAAAUAUUAAAGUAGUUGGUGAUUAGUUAACAACAAUCGAUUAAUUCUUCUUGCGCCGUUUUUUGCAAAGUGAAACUGCAGAAAAUGAGAGUUUUGCAGGACUUGUAGGCAGAAAGUCCAGAUGGAGGAACAUGAGAAUGACGACACUUUGUCUUACUGACUGACAGGCAGGUUUUAAAGCUCAAAUGAUCGUCAUCAGUCUCCUCAUUUAGGAGUAAUUAAGAUGUUUCACCGUGUUGAAUGUAUCGUCCAGCAGCUUGCUCCUCUGUUCACUGUGUUUUAGCUGAGCCACCUUUAUUUUAUUCUACCACUAAUCUGCUGCUGUAGUCCAACACUGCCUGCAGUUCAGCCGAAAACUACGAUUUAAUUUAAUUUGCAAAACCCUCAAGUUGGAGGCAGAAGGUUCAGAUGGAGACGUUGUUUCUGUGCAGCUGUGUACAGAAACCUGACCAAGACGAGCCUGUAUCGCUGCCUAACAGGGUUCUGCUCUGACGGGCCUCAGAGCUCCGAGUCGGACCUGAUCCUCAGCUCAGAGUCGGACCUGAUCCUCGGCUCCGAGUCGGACCUGAUCCUCGGCUCAGAGUCGGACCUGAUCCUCGGCUCAGAGUCGGACCUGAUCCUCGGCUCCGAGUCGGACCUGAUCCUCGGCUCAGAGUCGGACCUGAUCCUCGGCUCAGAGUCGGACCUGAUCCUCGGCUCCGAGUCGGACCUGAUCCUCAGCUCCGAGUCGGACCUGAUCCUCGGCUCCGAGGGGCUGCUGCAGUAAAACGAGCCGUGGGUCGCGGUUAAACUGUGCCAGAGUUCACAGCUGGGUUGUGCAACGCCGUGUGUUUAGAGUGUGUCUGCUCGGCCUGACGCAACAACGGCCACGGCCACGGCUGUGAAACUGAAGCGAGAAGUUACUGUAUCUGCAGCAGAGAGGAGAUCCCCAGUGGACUAUCGCCUUUCCUCCCCCACCGCCGCUGCUGGAACCAGAACCGACACAGCAGAGCUUUUGGCUUCUGGCCCGAGGAGCCAGAAACGCUGAGCGGUCGUUACUUCACAUUAUUCAAGAGGAAAAAAACACACAAAUGCAGGAAACUGGGAUUUCUCUCUCGUCUCUUGAGGAGGAAACAAGUCCAGACGGUUCAUCCCUCACAUGGAGAGUUCUGGUUCUGUCCCUGUGAGCGCCGACAUUUAAAUUCUUCACGUGAAACCACUUUAUAUUGCAUAUCACUAUAAAAUGUUCAUUAUUAUUUAUUUAUGGAAAAAUAUCCACAUGUAGUUUUUCUUCCUGUGUCACAAAUUAUUCACAUAUUUUGUUGAAAAAUGCGCCUAAAUCCCCCCGAUAGACGGCCUGGACGCAAAAAUGUUCAUCCUUCUGCAAAAACACAGUCACUAGGGAUCAGCUUAGUGUUUAUUUACUCAUAUCUCUCUAUACUUUUAGGUAAUUCCUAUUGAUAGCCUGAAUUAUAUAUAUAUAUUUGUAAUAGUGGGCAUAAAAAAAUGGAUGUUUUUACACAAGUGAAAUAAGAAGCAAGAGAAGUGGGAGGUUGCUGUGAUUUUAAUUCUCUCUGUGUUAAAUUUAUGUAUUAAAUUUGCCAUAAAUAAAUUGUAUAAUGAUUUAAAAGGUUUAUUAUGACUUAUUUAUAAGAGAUGCACACAUGUAGAGUGUUUUUUUUCCUGUUGGGUCACCAGCUGUUCACAUGUUUGGUUUGAAAAUAAAUUCAUUUAAUCCUC